AUGUGUCAACACGGCGGGCCGCAAAGCUAUCCCACUUACGCCAACGCCGAGCCUCGACCCGUGCGAUCCGGUCUCAUCCGUUCCGUUCACGAGCGUCGUCUCGAAGAGUUCGUAGGCGGUCAAUUUGGCGACUACAACCUCGCAUCAGUCCUCUUCGAAGGUCGUACCGAUGAUGACAAGCACGUCUCCAUCCAGAGCUGGACACCUAAAGCUGGCACCAAACCCACUUUCGACGAAGCUAAACGUCAGACCUACACCAAGGCCAAGAAAGGUAUCAAGUUCGGUCCCAGCUGGACGAAUCACUGGCUGAAGCUCAAGCUCAACGUGCCCAAAGAAUGGGUCAAGAAAGAAUGGGUUCAGCUCGAAUUCGAUCCUGGCUGCGAGGCUAUGAUCUACAACGAAGAUGGUCUGCCGUUGCAGGGUAUCACUGGUGGAUAUGAGGAUAAGCGACGUGUUGAUUUCCCGCUCAAGCCAGAAUACCGCAAUGGUGUGCUGUUCUACAUCGAGGUCACGGCCAACGGGAUGUUUGGUCUGCCUGCUGACGGUACUGGUGACCCUGAUCCGAACCGAUACUUCGAGCUCGAAUCUUGCGACAUCGUCGUGAAGCGAGCUGAGGCAUGGAAGCUCUUGUGGGACUUUGAGCUGCUCCAAGGCUGCGUCAAGAACCUUGGCAGGGACACUGAGCUGCAGAACCGCGCUCUUUGGGUCGCCAACCAGAUCCAGAACACCUUCCGCAAGGCUGAUCUCGAUAGCAUUCCCCGAUGCCGCAAGCUUGCCCAAGAAAUUCUCGGCAAGAAUUGGGAAGACAAGGUUGACUCCAUCUACGAUCAGGACGUCGUCGAGGGCAGAGAAGAUGUCCGCAUCUGGAGUCUGGGUCACAGUCAUAUUGAUAGUGCCUGGCUUUGGCCUUACUCUGCCACCCAGCAGAAAGUCGCGCGUUCGUGGUCUACGCAGAUGGAUCUCAUGGACAGAUACCCAGAGCACCGCUUCACCGCCUCUACUGCUCAACAGUACCAGUGGCUCGAGACGCUCUACCCGGACCUGUUUAAGAAGCUCAAAGGCUACGUCAAAGAUGGUCGCUUCCAGCCCAUCGGAGGCUCAUGGGUGGAGUGCGAUGCCAACAUGCCUUCCGGUGAAGCUUUUGCUCGCCAAUUCCUCUACGGGCAGCGAUACUUCCUCUCUCGCUUCGGCAAGCGAUGUGAUAUCUUCUGGCUCCCUGAUACUUUCGGUUACAAUGCUCAGAUUCCCCAGCUCGCCCGCCAGUCAGGUUGCGAUUACUUCUUCACGCAGAAACUCAGCUGGAACAACAUCAACCGUUUCCCACACAACACCGUGAUGUGGGUCGGUCUCGACGGAACGCAGAUCAUCGUCCAUAUGACCCCGGUCAACAACUACGACUCCAAAUGCUCUGUCGAGGAGAUCGUACGUGGUAUCAAAAACAACCAAGAUAUCUGGGUGCAGCCUCACGCACUGAUGCUCUACGGGUUCGGCGACGGCGGUGGAGGACCCUCCGAAGUCAUGGUUGAGCGUCUGCGACGUGCUCGAGCCGCCAACAACAAUGGGUUCAAGGACAUGCCUCGCGUUCACUGCGGUCGAUCGGCAAAGGACUUCUUCGAGCAUGUUCGCGAGGUGACGGAAAAUGGUCGUCGCUUGUCGACUUGGUCGGGUGAGAUCUAUCUCGAGUUCCAUCGCGGUGUGUACACAUCUCACGGUUCGAUCAAGCAGUGGAACCGAAGAUUCGAGGCGUUUAUGCAGAAGCUCGAAUGGCUUGCCACGCUUGCUUCGAUCAAGGCGAGUGGGUACAGGUAUCCCAAGGAAGAGAUCGAUGCUAUUUGGGAGCCGUUGCUAUUGAACCAGUUCCACGAUUGUUUGCCCGGUAGUUCGAUUCGUAAGGUCUAUGAUGAUCUGGAGGAGAUGUAUGCUGAUAUGGCGGUCAAGGGCCAGAAGCUCUGGCGCCAGGCUUUGAAUGCUCUCGGUGUCGGUGGGGAAGUUGUUGGUGCGAGCAAGAGCGCCUACGCGGCUAUCAACACUCUCGAUUUGCCACGUCGAGAGCUUGUUGAGGUAGAGCUGGGUAGUUCGAUGCCCCGUGCCGAGGCUAUUGUGCUCUCUCAUCAGUCCAUGCAGCUCUGCAGGGCUGGUCAGAGCGCUUUGCUUCUUCUCGAAGACCCUACCGGACGAGGCCAAGCUACUGUAGUCGACAACCAGAGUGUGUCACUUCAAGAUUCUCAGACAGUAAAGGCGGAGCAACUCGACCACAACUCCUUCCUCCUCCAGUCCCCCGCUAUCGCAGUCAAAGUCUCCAAAGGCCGUAUCACUUCCAUCUACGACCGUCUUGCCGAUCGCGAACUCAUCGAGGGCGGUCGCACAGCAGGUCUCGCCAUCUCAGAAGACUACCCUCCUCAAUUCGACAACUGGGAGACCGAACUCUACUCUCUCGACACAGAGGAAGAAAUCACAUUCACCAACGUUCGUAUUGCUGAAACUGGGCCUUGGCGCGCUUCUCUCGUUCUCGAGGCCAAGUUCAGUAAAAGCACGGUUCAAAUCAACAUUGUUCUCGACGCUGUUCCCGCUACGCCUCUUCUCAAGGGCGAUGACGCUCGACCUCUGUUGAGAUUCGACACCCAAAUUGAUUGGUGGGAGAAACACUGUUUCCUACGAUUCAGCAUCCCCACCCGUCUCCGCUCAGACUCUGCAUCGUACGAAACUCAAUUCGGAAUCACCAAACGUCCCACAACUCGCAACACCAGUUGGGAAGCAGCCAAAUUCGAAGUUUGCGGUCACAGAUUCGCCGAUCUCUCCGAAGAAGAUUACGGGUUGUCGUUGCUUACCGAGAGUAAAUAUGGGUAUAGUGUAGAAGGAGGGUUGAUGAGGCUGAGUUUGUUGAAGGCGGGUACUUUUCCGGAUGCACACGAGGAUGAAGGUUUGCAUAGGUUUGCUUUUGCGCUUUAUCCUCAUGUUGGUGGUGUGGGGAGAGGGAAGGUGGUGCAGGUGGCAAGGGCAUUCAAUGUUCGCUAUGAUAUGGAUUAUGGUCGACAGUAUCAGGUCGACAUUUCCACUCUUGAACGCAGCUCUACCGCCACGGUUUCGGCUGAUCUCCAGAUGCCCAUUUCCAUCGUUGACACCACCCGCGCUGGCGUUGUUAUCGACACGAUCAAGAGAGCUGAAGAGGACUUCGAGUACUACGGUCAGAAACCGAAGGAUCCCGAGUCGUUCAGCAUCAUCGUCAGGCUCUACGAAUCGCUCGGAGCUCAUGCCAAGCCAACCAUCAAGAUUGGAUUGCCCGUCAAGUCUACCGCCAUCACGAACCUUCUAGAGGACGUGGAUGAAGAUAAGUCCAGAGAUCUCGGCUUAGGCACUUACUCGGAUGAAGAAGAUACCACCUACGUUCAGCUAGAGUUGAAUCCGUUCGAGAUUAAGACUUUCAAGAUUACGCUUUAG